UUCAUAAAGGGGCGAUAAACUGUUUAAUGUAAAUUUAUGACGUGUUACUGUCACCACUGAACGUGCUUCACAUUUCCCUCAUGAAGCAACCUUGAGGAUACAAACCUCUGAUGACGGUUAUUUGCAUUUGCUUGUCAGUGUAAGUGUGGCGGAAUAUGCGCGUUGACAAUAAUGCCAGCAAAAGACCCGCUUAUCGAAACACUUAAAGUGUGCAUUUUGAAUUUGAAAUCGGAGGGCACUGUGACUGACUCCAACCCACACCUGGCAUCCUGCUGUGAGCUCCUGGAACUUAUACUGCAAAAGGGACUACAGCAGCCUGUUCUCAGCUUAGCACAUAGAGAUUACUGGCAUUGUUUCGAACAGCUUCUACAGCACGACACAUGUGGCAGGUUGAGUUCAGUCUCUUUGGCAGUGCAACAGACCACAGCCUGCAGCAAACUCAUUACAUCUCAAGGCCGAGGACGCUUCUUCAUACGGCUCAUGCUGAUGAGGAGAACCCUGGGAAAUGUAGUAAAACACCUGCUGCACACAAACAGAGUAAUCGAGUGGUAUUGCGCCAACUUUUCUAUUCUUAGAAAUGAGGAGUUUGUAGAACCGUUUCUUUCGCUGUCUAUGGUGUUGUCAGAAAUUAACUUUAAGAUCAGUAUUGAGAACUGCAGUUUCCUGGAUGAAAGCUGGCUGCUCCCGGUGUGUCAAAUCUAUGAAGCUGUUCCCUGUCGGGAGCUGGGAAUGGUGCUCAGGUACCUAGAUGGACGUGUGUUUGUGCUGGACCUGCUUCAGGGUAGUCAAGCUCAGGCGGAUAUGUUUGCCGAGCCUGGUGACAUCAUUGAUGAAAUCAAUGGGAUAUCACUGAGGAAUGCUAGUAAUGGGCAGGCAGGUGUGGUUUUGUCAAAGCUGAAGAGUCAGCCACUUUCCAUUCACUUUAUACGUUGGAGAGGAGAAGAUGGGUCCAUCUAUCAGCCGCUGGUCAAACACUUACGGAAACUCAAACAGGAAAAACCCUCGCUUCGGUUUGGUCCAAAACCCGCCUCUCAGCAGGACAGAACUGCGGGCCAGAAGAGAGGGCAGACGCAGUGUGUGAAAGACGGCAGGAUCCUGUACGCUGUACACCUCUUAGGAAAAGCAAACAUAGGAAUGUGUGGAGGUAAGGAUGUUCUGCAGCAUGCCAUUCCUGAGGUUCUGGAGAGCAAACAGGCAAGAAAGGAAGUACUGCUGGAUGUAAAGGAGACUCAUCUUACCUGCAUAGAGAAGUCCAAUAAGCAGGAGCUGUUUCAACACCACUUCCCUGAGAUAUCAUGUGUUGGGAGGUUUGGAAGCCAACCUGAUUUAACCAUUUUUGCUUUCUGUUUAUUGGAUUCACCACAGGCAGGAAAACCAACAGGCUUCUGUUGUGUGGUCCUGCAGGCUGCCACAAGUAGUGAGUGUGAAGAGAUUGUUAACCGUAUAGCUGCUGGGUUUAAACAUACAGAAUGGUUUGUAUGAAAAACCCAGAAUUUAAGUGGACUGGACAUCUUUUGUAGUUUCCAUCAUGUGUUUUUUAACACUAUGUAU